GCAGUGUAUUGUAUUUUCGGUUGUGUAUAAAAAUGUUGCGAAUUUUACUGCUUUUUAUACCUCUACUACAAGGUGUUGUAGGAGAAGUGGCUUGUACUGAUCAGGUGGUGACAGAUAUUAAAUUACAGACUGAGGCCGCUCAAGAUGAAUAUGAUUCUGAGACUGAGUUGAAAACUUUAAUGGAGAUUGAACCAGAAGCUUCCAGGCAAACAGUUUUAGGCUAUUCUAUGAUCAACAUAAACCCUCCAAACUACAGUGAAGUCAAGUAUAGUCCUUGUCUUACAGUUGAUAAGAAUGAUGUGGCUGGGCAUAAAGUUGUCAUCUUGGCUCAGCCGUAUCCUCUUGGGGAAGGAUUCUGUGUUGACUCUGACAUGGAUGGAUUCGCAAGGCAAUGCAAUGUUAACGAGUUCAAGUGGUGUAACGACGUGGUUGAUGGAGCUCAGUUCCAGUUCUCUUGCUACCAACAGUCCUGUGAGAAAUCAUCUAUCAACAUUCUCGUUAAAAUGGUCGUCAGUGAAUCCAACGAAGGCGGUGAAGUAGAAUAUUGGUGUGACUCCACAAAUGACACCUACCCCUCCUCACUAAUCAGAACCAAACCCAAUGUCGCUCCCGACUACGAAGGGCAGGACCCGUCUCAAAACAAAGAGGCAAAAGAGGACAGUUCCGCUUUCAACAACACUGCCCAACUUUUUAUCCUCUGUGUUGCCUUCUUUAUUCCUUGUUUCUUCUAA